AUGUCUACACCGCCCAACAACGGAGCUGCGGCCAAGUCCAGCAAUCCUCUGAAGCGGGUUGACCUCGACGGUCACGACCUCCCUCCAUCUCCCGCGCCGUCCAGUCCUCGCAAUGGCCGCCGCCGUUAUGCCCUCGCCACCGAGCUGGUCUACACUGACAGCAACGACCAGUAUGGCGCCUCGAGCAUUCCCAUCUAUCAGUCCGCAACCUUCAAACAAACUUCUGCGACUGGUGGCAACGAAUAUGACUACACCAGAUCCGGCAACCCGACCCGCACUCACCUCGAGCGUCACUUGGCUAAGAUCAUGAACGCUACCAGAGCCCUCGCCGUUGGUUCCGGUAUGGGUGCUCUGGAUGUCAUUACUCGCCUGUUGCGCCCGGGUGACGAGGUCAUCACUGGCGAUGACCUGUACGGAGGCACUAACCGGCUACUUGCAUACCUGUCUUCGAACCAGGGGAUCAUCGUUCACCAUGUCGACACCACCAACGUCGAGAAUGUUCGCCACGUUAUUUCUGACAAGACGGCCAUGGUUCUGCUCGAGACGCCGACGAACCCAUUGAUCAAGAUUGUUGACAUCCCCUCCAUUGCCAAACUUGUGCAUGACGCCAACGACAAAGCUUUGGUCAUUGUGGACAACACCAUGCUCUCGCCCAUGCUCUUGAACCCCCUGGAUAUUGGUGCCGACAUUGUGUAUGAGUCGGGAACGAAGUAUCUGUCUGGACACCACGACAUCAUGGCGGGCGUGAUUGGCGUCAACGACUCAGCCAUUGGAGAUAAGCUCUUCUUCACCAUUAACGCCACCGGAUGCGGUCUUUCGCCCAAUGACUCGUUUCUCCUUAUGAGGGGCAUCAAGACGCUGGCUAUCCGCAUGGAGAAGCAGCAGGCCAACGCCCAGCAGAUCGCCGAAUUCCUUGAGUCCCAUGGGUUCAAGGUUCGUUAUCCGGGACUCAAGUCCCACCCUCAAUACGACCUGCACUGGUCCAUGGCGCGUGGCGCCGGCGCCGUUCUGUCCUUUGAGACUGGCGAUGCCGCUCUUUCAGAGAGAAUUGUCGAAGCUGCUAAGCUGUACAGCAUUAGCGUGAGCUUCGGGUGUGUAAACAGCCUGAUCAGUAUGCCUUGCCAGAUGAGCCAUGCCAGCAUCGACGCCAAAACCCGGAAGGAGAGGCAGAUGCCGGAGGACCUCAUCCGCCUCUGCGUGGGCAUCGAGGAUGUUACGGACUUGAUCGAGGAUCUCUCCCGAGCUCUCGUUCAGGCCGGAGCGGUCAACGUUACAUUGGAAGGAUUUCAUGCUACCGCAUCUACCCAGUAA